CUUGUGCUCGAUAAAGCGCUCUCACAUAACCCUCACCGGAGCUUCAGUGGUGUAUCCGCCGUGUUUGUUCCUGUAAACUGGUUUUGACGCCGAGGCAUAUAUGCCAACGUUCUCACUGCAGAGGUCACAAGAAAAAUGCCGCUGAAGUUCGUUCACGCUCUGUUCUCUGUUCUCUACGUUCUCAAUAUCGUGCGGGCGCUGGAGUUGUCUUUGGAUGGAACGUGGACAGCACACAACAGCGGGAACCGCCUAAAUAUAUCAGCCCAAGUUCCUGGUGGCAUAUACACGGACCUUCAUCGAAAUCAUAUUAUAGGGGAGCCCUACUAUGGCUUCAACGACAUUGUGUACCGUUAUGUCAGCAACGAGAACUGGACUUUCUCUAGGGAAUUUGACGUUCCUGCUGAAAUGCUGCAGAAAUCCAGAGUGGCCCUAGUAGCCCACGGCAUCGACACAGCUUGUAACGUCUCCGUCAACAACCAUUCUUUGGGAAGCACAGUCAAUAUGUUUGUUCGAUUCGUGUUCGACCUCAAAGGCAUAAUCAGGGAAACUGGGAAUGAGAUUCAAGUAGCUUGUGAGUCACCCGUUGCUUACGCCUUGCGCCAGUACGAGAUGCAGGCCAAGGAUUAUCCAGUCUACCCAAUAUGUCCACCCAGCAGCCAGCAUGGAAAUUGCCACAUCAACCACAUGAGGAAAAUGCAAUGUUCUUUUAGUUGGGAUUGGGGACCAUCGUUUCCCUCCCAAGGAAUUUGGAAACACAUUGCAGUUGAAGCCUACAGUGGUGCCAUCAUUCGUGACGUCUCCGUUGUAACGAUACCGCAAUCAGAAGACGCAUCAGAAUGGAUCCUUAAUGUGACAGCUUUUGUGGAGACAGCGACCACCAAUGGAAUUCCAUCGUUUUCGGGCCAUGUUCGAGUGCUAUUGAACGAUGAACCCUUGGGAAGCAGUGCCAUGACAAUUCAACCAGAUGAACACGGAGCAGCAUCCGUAAACCUUUCUUACACGGUGCCUCAAAGUAUGAAUAUAAAACGAUGGUGGCCGAACGGAUACGGAGAACAGAACCUGUAUACGCUAAAGGUCAUCGUAGCAACGAGAGGAGAAGAAUUCACAAAAGCGCUCAAAAUAGGAUUCCGAACGGUAGAGCUCAUGCAGACUCCAGUCAAGAACGGCACAGGUGGCCUUGAGUUCUACUUCAAAAUAAACGAUGUUCCAAUCUACGCGAAAGGAAGUAACUGGAUUCCGGCUGACAUAUUCCCUGAGCGUGUAACUGAGGAAUAUGUGAGGUACCUAUUGGAGUCUGCUCAGUUCGCUAACAUGAACAUGCUGCGUGUAUGGGGAGGAGGAAUUUAUGAGUCGGACUACUUCUACCAAACCGCGGACGAACUUGGGAUUCUAAUAUGGCAAGACUUCAUGUUUGCUGUGGCUCUAUAUCCAACCAAACCCGACUUUCUGGAGACUGUCAAAACGGAAAUUCGCCAACAGGUGCGGAGACUGCAGCACCACCCAUCAGUGUUCCUCUGGGCAGCAAACAACGAAAACGAACAAGCUAUUGCAGGUUUUUGGUGGCCGGGAUUGGUACUGCGGUUACACACAUACAAAGAAGACUACGUACGUUUGUACAUCGAGACAAUUAUGCCUAUCGUUCUGGAGGAAGAUCGAACACGUCCUUUCCUCUCUUCGAGCCCAUCAAACGGCAAGGAGACGGAGAAAGAGCAUUGGAUUGCGAGAAAUCCUAACGACGUCAAAUACGGAGAUGUGCACUACUACAACUACUUCGCCGACCCGUGGGAUUCAAACACGUACCCCACGGCCCGCUUUGUCUCUGAAUAUGGAAUCCAGUCUCUCCCAUCACGGGAUACUUUUCUCACGGCUGCUCCAGAAUCCUUCCUGGAGUACCCGUUCAAGAUGUUCAUCGACUUCCGCCAGCAUCAAACGCUCGGUAAUCAAAACAUUAUGCGUUUCGUCAGGGAGGAAUUUAAUCUGCCACUGACGGGGAACAAAGCAAAAGACUUCGACACGGUAGUGUAUUUGUCCCAGGUCGUGCAAGCAGAAGGCAUCAAAACAGGAGUGGAGUAUUUCCGACAUUUACGCAGUAUCUUAUACGGUGAUAAAGGUCACAACAUGGGUGUGCUGUACUGGCAACUCAACUCAAUCUGGCAAGCGCCCUCAUGGGCAUCUAUUGAAUAUGGAGGCAGAUGGAAGAUGCUCCAUUAUUUCGCUCGUCGGUUCUUCAGUCCGCUGAUUGUGGUACCGUUUAUCAACAAGGACAGCCUCUUCUCGACCGGGGAACUUCAGGUUUACGUCGUUAAUGACCUCCGUGAAGAUUUUCCAAACGCCGUACUUCAUAUUGAUUCAUACUCAUGGGGAAACUUUACUCCCGUCCAUAGAUUCAACGUUGUUUUGGACGUGCGUCGGGAAAGCUCUGUUACAGCGUACCGAUCGAGGUUACGUGACUUUAUGAACAUGACGUCCUGUACCUCUGCGACGUGCUUCGUCUGGUUUACACUCACUGACAAAACGGGACGAGCCCUCGGACCUGCAAAUUAUCUUCUACCUGAGGCCCCCAAGAAGAUCAAGGGAUUCAAGAAUGCCACACUUACAAUAACCAACGUAAGUGGCCCAUUUGCCGGGAAUAGCGGCAUGAAAGGCUUCAACGUAACUGUAGCCACGAAUUUUAUUGCCUUGUUUGUGUGGCUGGAUGCGCACAAUGUCACUGGCCACUUCUCAGACAACGGAUUCGUGAUGUUGGAACCAACGAUGAGCCUGCAGUUCUUUACACGGGAAGGUAUCACGCCAGACUACCUCAGGUCUGUGAUAACGGCAGUCUCCCUUCCGGACACUGCCACUGCCAGCAUACGGACAGCGCGGGAAGCAACGACAUUGCUAUAGUGUUCUAUGAAAACUGCGUUGUGAUGGGUAAUCUUGCUGCGAUUAAAGAAAUGGAAUUUUUGCA